CCAAUUUUGCAAAUGUUGAAGUGGCCCUCUCUUACUGGAGGAGCACUGGUUCGAAGCUCCCAGUCAUCUGUCAGUUUAAUCUCGCUUGAAGAUAUCAAGCUACUUUUGGAGCAGUUACAGGCUCAAUUCAAACUUUUUUUGUUGAAACUUUGGUCUCUAGAAUAUCAAUGCAGAGAGCAACUGAAAUGGAGCAUAAGAGUAUCCGAGUGGAAAGUCAAAGUUCCGUCACAUUUUCAACAUAUACAUGGUUUCUUUGAACAAUUAAGUCCUAUUUGGCUGUAUAGAGCUUUACCUAGAGUGACUACAAGAGAUAAAAAGAGUAUUUCUAUCUCAGCAGACCCAACUCUAUCUUGCCGUUCGUCUUUGAAGUCACUUAGAAAACAAGCUGUUGAUGACGAUAGCGCAGUAUCUUCGACUAUAUUUAUUGCUUCGAGAAGAUUACCAACGACGUAUACUACAAAGCUAACAUUCAAACCUUUCUGGUUUGAAAAGAUACAAGAUGAUAUUCGUCGCAGUCUUUUAAGCAAUUCUGUGACGAAAAGUUUGACAGAAAUUUGGAAAGAACCAGCUUUUAAGGUCCAUUCUCUUUUACAUUGGCAAAUGGAAGCUUUUGCUGAGCAAGAUUUGCUUCGACAUCGUAUACAUUUAAAAUGGAAAUAUUAUCCCGAGAGACUUCGCAAACGUCGAGUAAUUAGAGGAACUCAUUUGUCCAUUUCUAGAUGGAACAAAGUUGCUUUGACAUUGUCAGUUGUAAUUCUUCGCAGUGCCACGGAUACUCUAUGGUUUAUUAUUCGACCUAUUUUCAUUGAAGGUUAUCAUAUUCUACAUGGUUCCAUCCAAAAAGCAAUAGAAUUGCUGUGGACGGACAAAAGUGGCGACAUUCAGUCUCCAUCGAGCAAAGGAUUAUUGCAAGUUACUGUAGCCAAAAAUUUUCGUGACAGAACACAUUUAGAGAACUCAAUGAGCAUUAUUCUUUCUAAUUUCACAACUUUUUGGAAAUUUGAAAGAGCUCUCUCUAAAAUAUCUAGAAAGGCAAUUCUUUGGGGUGUUGUUGAGGAAGGAUCUUCGACAAAGGUUGAUGGCAUUGGUAGACAAAGUAAUGUGGAUAGGAAUGAACUUUUUACCACACGAAGUAGUUACUAUGAUGAAGAGACGAAUCAUUCUUCUGGAUUCUUUCCGAUUGGCAUUUUAGAGUUGACAGGAGUUGGAUUUAUCUUGUUUCUGUUUAGACUUUUUCCGUUCUUGUCAGAGUCUCUUGUAGAUAUUUGUACCUUUUUAUUUCAGCUCUUUGCUAUAUAUUUGUUUGGCACAUUUACAUUGGCGACAUGGCGAAUCGUAACGGAGUCGGUUCACUUUUGUCGCGUGUAUGAAACUUUACAGGGACAUUUUUCUAUUUUAUUGCGUCACUCAAUGAUAACAAAGAUGAAUGGAAAUGAAACUAUUGACAUUAUUGCUUGGGAGGUUAAUGAUAAGGAUGAAUUGGAAAAAUACAGUUUAUGUAAGUAUGUUGAGGAAUUAUGGGAAGAAGGCAUUUGUCGUGCAGAAAUGAUAUUGCGAAGAAUUCCCUCAGUUUUGGUGGAGUCUUCACCAAUGGGUUGGCAACUGUUGUCUCUUUUUGAACGAGAGGAAUGUGAGAUUGAACGAAUAGCGUAGUUUGAGAUUUUCCGUUUUCCUAUAAAUAUCAAAUGUAGAAACACAACAUUUCAAUUUCGGUU